GCGCUGACGUGGACCACUUUACUGUGAGUUCGGCUCUCGGUCCCUAGGACGAGGGCUAGCCUUCCUUACUAACUCGUUACUAGCAAGCUGCCAAGGUUGGAUUUGGAAUCUCUAUCGAGGCUGGCGGCGAGGAGCUGCAAGAGCAACAGGAUGCUCUUGGCGGGCCCCAGGCAUCUCCUAAUAUCCCCUUCUGAGUCGCCAUCUCCGACAUAUUUGGAUGACUCUUUACAUAGAAGCUCCCCGCUCCCGCCAUCGUACGCCUAAUAUACAACAACCCUGCCACUCGGUCAUGGGCAUUCUACCUGUCCGCUGGGAGCACCGGCGCGCUGGCAACCUCGUGCGAUAUCAGUUAUUCUACCGCCUUGUUCUUACCAAGCCCAUCCCCCACAUAGGGGUGUGUGUGUGUGUGACAUGGGCAUUUCUCAGGCGGUUGGGGUCUGCAGACAUCAAUCAUCAUGGCUAUAGACUUUAUGAUCAUGCUCGUCAUUCGCCGCUCGGCGAGUGUCGGCCUCGGGCUCGGGCGAGAUGCCGAGCUCUGCCUCCUUUUAAAGAGCUUCUGGUGGAAACGGGCGAAAACGUGUAUAGUAGGGAUUGGACGACCACUAGAGAGGUGUCGGGACACCAUGACAUACGGACACACGACGGGGUCGGUGGUGGCCCGUGGUGUGACCGUCGACAAAAUCCUCCGGAAUGUAUCACGAAGCAUGUAAUUAUACCUGGCUGCUUAAUACGGGCAACCUCGAAGUGUAGAAAAAAAUAUAUCACGGCCACCUA